AUGGUGGACGUGCUCGGCCACCUGAGGGACGCGUCGCCGCGGGAGUUUGGCAGAUUGACGGAGUACGUGAUUCUGGAGAUCAGCCCCGCGCUGGCGGAGGCACAGGGCCGGCGGGCGGCGGAGGCCGGACUUGCUGACAAGGUGCGGGUGGUGAACGAGAGCGCCCUGGAGGUCCAGGAGAAGAUCUCGCACUCGAGGAACUGCUUCCUGAUCGCGCUGGAGGUGCUGGACAACCUGCCGCACGACAAGGUGGUCUUCAACCCGGAAGACCGCUGGGCGUGGCAGGCGGAGGUCAUGCCCGCGGACCACCCCGUCCUGCCCGGCUACCGCGACUUCCCGCAGGCCCGGCGCUCCCCGCCGGGCACCCCCGCCCGCCCCCCGUCCCACAAGGAGCUCUUCUACGGCGUGGAGGACCCCCUGAUCCACAAGUGCAUGGACUUCCUGGUCGAGGCGCAGGAGGCCUGGGACCACAAGCACGCGCCGCGGCCAUCCCCCAUGUGGGGAUUCGACUCCUGGCUGGCUUCCCACGAGACCAUGCUGCGGCCGCGCCCGGGCGGCGCCCACCCGGCGAGCCUGGCCGUGUGGGGCAAGUCCGGCGUGGUUUACCUGCCCACCGGCCAGCUGAAGCUCCUGAGGGCCAUCCAGAAAUUUGCCCCCCGCGCGCAGUGCAUAUUCGCGGACUUCGACGUCCUGCCGGGGCCCGUGAUGCCGGGGGCCAAUGGCCCCAGCGUGCGGUCGGUGGUGGCCGGGGAGGCGGUGGACCACUGGGACUACCUGGACCCCGAGUUCGGCACUGCGGACGUGAUGUUCCCCACGGACUUCUACGCGCUGCGGUACUGCUUCAACAAGAUGUUCGGGCGGCCCACGGCGCUGGAGUCCACGGCGGGGUUCAUGAGGAGGUUCCCGGAGGUGGUGGCGGGGACCACGGCGCGCGACGGGACGUGGCUGAUGGAGGUCGACUUCCUGAACACAAGUAUGCUGGUGGCGGAGGUUCGUGAUUGUGAGUGA